UUGAAUGAGUGCGGCCGCGUCGAACGCUCUGUGCACGUCAAUGGAUGGGGGAAAAAACCUGGCGAGCUGGCAUUGACGUCACGCGGAUGACCUAGAUGAGGCCGUGGAUUCCAAAACAUGACCCAGUAGCCCGGGAAUCAGAUCGAGGCUCUACGUACAUGCUUAACGAGAGAGGGUGUAAACAAGAUGGCGACCAACAGGUCUGGUGGCAAGGCCCAAGCAGGGAUAGGGCCUGUAAGAGUGGGAUAUUACGAGAUGGAACGGACCAUAGGGAAAGGAAAUUUUGCCGUUGUAAAGUUGGCAACUCAUAUUGCCACCAAGACAAAGGUUGCCAUUAAGAUUGUGGACAAAACUCAGCUAGAUGAGGACAACCUAAAGAAAAUUUACCGUGAGAUUGAAAUUAUGAAGCUACUUCGCCACCCACACAUCAUUCGUUUAUAUCAGGUUAUGCAGUCAGAGCGGAUGUUGUACUUAGUGACGGAGUAUGCCAGUGGUGGGGAGAUCUUUGAUUUUGGAUUCAGCAACUUUUUCAGCCCUGACUCUCCGCUCAAGACGUGGUGUGGGAGUCCUCCCUACGCCGCCCCAGAGCUGUUUGAGGGCGUGGAGUACGAUGCCCCCAAAGUGGACGUAUGGAGCUUGGGUGUGGUGCUGUAUGUGCUGGUGUGUGGAGCCCUGCCCUUUGACGGGAGCACGCUCCAAAGUCUGAGAAAUAGGGUGCUAGCUGGGAAGUACCGUGUGCCCUUCUACAUGACUCGUGACUGCGAGCACCUCAUCUCCAACAUGCUGGUGGUGGACUCGGCCCAGCGGUUCACGGUGUCGGACGUGCUGUCCCACAAGUGGCUCAAGGCCACGCCGGACGAGCCGGAGCCCCUGGUAGACCAAGGGGUGCUAGUGGAGGACGAGGGCGUAUCCCUUGACUCAGAGCUCGGCCAACAGAUCCUGGUGCAUAUGUCGGGGCUAGGGCUGGACGCCGAGCACACUGCCAAGUGUGUGGAGGAAAACGGCUUUGAGCACCACAGCGCCAUCUAUCAUCUGCUGGCUGACAAAUUCCGCAAACACCCCCGGACAAUCGCGACACGGCCCAGCCCAGCCCCGCCCCUCCCUGUGGUUACUCGCACGGAGAGGCGGUCAAGCAUCACCACAGGCAUCGUCUCAGCUGGAGGACAGCAACCAGUCGGACUCGGACGAGGAGCCGUCCCCCGAAGCCCUGGCGCGCUACCUGGCCAUGCGGCGACACACGGUGGGCGUGGGCGACACCCGCCACCAGACCUCGGAGGACAUGCGGGGGAAGCUGCCUCCGUACUACCCGCUGGCCCCUCCCUCGCUGGUGGGGGCCCACCACUUGCCUCCCCCACUGGACCUGGGCAUGCCCGAGGGUGUGGCCGUGCUGCCUGUGUCCACCAGCAACCCUAUGUUUUCUGCUUACCCGUAUGUGCCAUUGGCUGGGGACCCCCACCUGCUGAGGCCUCCGUUACUCUAUCAGGGCUCUUCCGCGUUGGGUCGGCGCGCCUCGGACGGUGGGGCCAACAUCCACCUGUUCUCUCACUUCCAGCGUCAGUUCUAUGCCAACAGCCAGCCCGGCAGCCACGAGGGAUUGUCGCAUCUCUCACAGAUCGGGACUCGUACAAGGAUGUCCACGCCCUCCACCUGCCCAGUGAACGUUACUCUCCGGUGAGGCGAGCUUCCGACGGGUCGGCCAUCUCGGGCAAGCAUCAGGCUUAUCUGGAGAACCUGUACAACCAGACGGUGGGUCAGACGAGCAGUCAGCACGGCCGGUCAGCCUCGCCGUCCACCUCCAGGCACAACUCUCACAGUAGCCUCAAGCAGCUGCAGAUGGAGUGUCACGAGCUGCAGAGCUCCCUGUGCCGAUCUCCCUCCCCGCCCGCCCCCGGCUCUCCGGGCUACCAGCGCCCCCUGUCCCCCGACGGGCCAUCGACCAUGUUGUAUCAACAACUCCAGCAGCUACAGUUGCACCAGAUGAGCUCGCCCGCUGUCUCCCCGACCCCCGGGGGGAGGCACGGCCCCUCCCCACCCCUGCUGGCUGCCGGGAUCACCUCAGGUAUCCCUCCGGCCGUGGGCAAGGGUGUGGGCUCUGGCCCGCCACAGGUGGGCAUCACUUCGGGCAUACCUCCCUCGGCGGUCAUGGGUAAGAGCGUGGGCUCGGGACCUCCGCAGACGGGAAUUUUCUCCGGCCUUCCACAUGUCCAGCCCCUGUGUGGUGGUGGGGGGAGCAUCACGUCUGGCCUGCCACUCGUAGCAGCUCAGGCGUCUGGCGAACCUUCCAUUCGCUACGUUAACACGUCGGGCUUGCCGCGUGGCUCCGAGUCCCCGCCACAGGGUGUUGUGGUUCAGGGCUACGGCUCGUCCCCACCACAGGGUGUUGUGGUUCAGGGCUACGGCUCCUCCCCGAGUUUCCAGAACCUGCAGAUGAUCAGUGAGGACUCUGGCGACGCGAUGGAGAACGGAGUGGAGGACAGGCUUGGGGAGGACGAGGAGAUGAGCGAGGAAGGGGUCAGGGGUUACGGAGGGGGGCACCCGCCGCUCACCCCAACGUCUUCCUCGGAGCUAGAGCAGUACACGAUGGGCCCACAUGUGCUGCGUGCGUACGCGGGCAACCCGCAGAUCAGCAUCACAGACGCUCAAGGUCACGUCACGGACGUGAUCACCACGGACCCCAGCGACAUAGAGAGCCCGGCCUCCACCCUUGUUGGCUCGCCCACGUCAGGGGGCGGCGGUGGUGGUGGUGCCCCCCGGCGGUCGUCGCGCUGCACCACACAGCAGCAGGCGUUGCAGCAGCUCUUCAACCCGGCCUGGGUGAACACGAACUUGGCUAGUAUACCAAGUGGCCGGAAUCAAGAUGCCUUGACCUCUUCCUCCCCCAGCGCGGGCCGCCCCACCCCCACGUACUCUACCGGGGCCGUGAGGCACCACCCUCACCAGCGCACCAACGCGCGUCUACGCCGCAACACAGGCUACCACCACCACCACCACCAUCAUCAUCAUCAUCAACAACAACAACAACAGCCGCAGUCUCAGCAGCAUGCACAGUCCAGCCCCUCUGAGAGCAUCUGUGAUAUGUCCUCCCCCUCCCCCGGCCCACCCCCCGGAGCCCACCACCACCAGUACUACUACCCAGGUUACAGCACGGGCACAGAUAUUCCCAACCCCCUAGGCUUCCUCUCCCUCUCAGCGCAGCGAGCGUACGCGAGCGGCCUCCCUCCCAUGGCUCUGCCCUACCUGGCCCCGCGAGCCACCUCUCCCACCUGUCCGACCAGCCCUGACCUCUGUAGCAGCCUGUCCGCGGCCAGUAACCUUGACCGGAUCGGAGCCAGCGCUGACGACUCGAGUCUGGUCUCGGGCCAGUGGCACAGACGUUCAGCAGCUGGCGGCCCGACCAUGCCACAUUCCUCCCCCUGCUCUCUGGUGUGCUCCCCGACCACCUCCCCCGUCCCCGUCAUCACCCCCUCCUGCCCCUCCUCCCCACACCGGGAGCGAAGGAGAGGCUCCGCGUCCCCCCAUGCCUCCCCCUCCCCUUCGCCCUCCCCGCCCCAUAUAGCCCCCUCGCCCAGCAUCUGCCUCUCCACCUCCUCCUCCCGGCCUUCCUCCCCGGUAUUCCCAUCCGUUGGGCCCUCCCCCACCCCAGCAUUCCCCUCUGUGGGCCCCUCCCCUUCCUCCUCCUCCCCGACCAACGGCUGCUACUCCCCGGCCACCUCGCCGUUCCCCACCCCGGCCAACACGCCUCGUGCCUCCAUCUGUGCUGGGGACUCUGGCAGCCACUCGGAGAUGGAGCAGAGUUCUGUCGGGCCAACUGUUUCCUCCUGGGGGCAGGAGCUUCCCUCCGUACUGCUGGAGAUCCGAGCGCCGCAGUGUAAGAGCGUGGAGGACGUGCUGCGAGCGGUCAAGGCCGCCCUGGAUUCGAUCGGCCCCCAGGUGGAUUACCAGUGCCGCGACACGUCCUUCCGUCUCAACGGACACAUGGAUCUGCAGAUGGAGCUGGAGGUGUGCGCCCACACGGACCAGCACGGACCAGGACUGCAGGUCCGGAAACUGUCCGGGGACAACCUGGAGUACGCCAAGCUGUGCAACCACCUCAUGGCCUGUGUCAACAACUAGAGGAUUCCUUACAUUUCACUACACGCAUACACACUGUCCACACUUUUUCACAAAUGCACCCGCGCGCGCACUCAUACACACACACACCUCACCUCACCUCAUGGCUUGUGUCAAUAACAAGGGGAUUCCUCACACUACACUCAUACAUACACACACGCAUGCACACACUUCAUUUCGUAGCCUUUGUCACAACUUGGGAAUUUGUUUAGUAGUGCAGACAUUCACACUCUUGCUCAUAGGCUACUUAUCGUAGACUGCGUCUGUCCACAAAUAAUGGAUUUGUUAGAAGGUGAGGAGACAGUGCAUGUGCACCCACACGCGCGCGCACACACGUAAGCUCACACAGACACGCUCAAAAUCGCCCAAUGGUGUGUGAUAACAAUAACACUAACUGUAGCAGGCUUGCUAACUUUUCAGAAAGUGUAUUGGGGAAAAUAUUUCAUUCAGUUGCAAAAAACAUGACCCCAUUCUGCUUCAAAAAAUCAAUCAUUUAUUUAGAAGACUCACUUAGAGCCAUGUCAUUGACCAAGAUUCUAGUACCUUUUUUUCAACACAUCUAUCUUUUGUAGAGUCCCUGCUAAAGAAAGAACACUUAGUAUGUAAUCAAUUCGCGUCUGUCAAGCUAAGUUGAGGUACAGAUCAAAACUGGAAAGAAAUAUACCAAACACCACAGCAGUCAGAAGUUUGGUAGCGACAUUUGCCAUGGGCAGUCUGCUUGAAAAUUCAAAUUUAGAACAUAUGAAGUGAAGCACAUAUUCGACAGAUUCUAAUUUCAACAUAUGCUAACACCAUGAAAACUGCAGUUAUGAUUAUGUGUCUGGGAUUGCACAAAGCCUGCAAAUAGAAAUCUCGAUAUCUUGCACUGGCAAUUACUCAGUUGAUUUCAGAUAACUUUUUUAUAAGCAGUCAGAUUAAUCUUCUUUUGGCAGCAUAGAAAUUCACCACCCCAUCUCUGGAAUUGGAGAAUAAUGGCUCGACUUUGGAAAAUUGGCAAGCUUGCAUUUUUGUGAAUUCCUCAUGUGAAAUGGGAUACUUUUUGUGUUAGAUAUGCCUGCAUCUCUCCUCCCACGCACGGGUGCGCACACACACACACGCUCUCACACACAUUCUUUGGCUCUCUCUCUCUCUCUCUCUCUCUCUCUCUCUC